UAACACCGUCUCGAGUUCUGAAUGGGGACGUUUUAAUGUGAAAAAAUAUAUAAUUUUUCCAGGAACGCGCGUGCUUGCUAAAACUGUGGGAACUGUCUCCAAGCAACCCCCGCCCGUAAGUUGUCAUACUUGACGCGAUGCUACCGUCCGCAUCCUUAGAAACUGAGGUCGCAGGUAGCUCUUAGGUGUGCUUAGCAGUAAUAAAAAGGGGGCGUGAAGGUUGGCCUGGAAACAGAAAGAGAGAACUUGUGUGGUGCAGGAGUGUAAAAGCAGUUACCAGUUACUGUGAAUCAAGUCUGUGGAAAGUGGUUUUAUACAGAAAGCCGGCGGCGAAAUCAAACUAGAGUAUGUGAAACAACUACUAGGUGGAGAGAGAGACUCUGGUGUUUAUCUUUAAAUGCACCUUGGAAUAAUCAAGGACUGUCAGUGUGUCAGCAGAGUGGUAACUGAAAACUGCUGCAAGUCAAGCUCGAGGAUUAACGGGGGGAACUAAAAAAAUGGCGAUAUUUCAACUGUGAAGUACUACUCACUGUUUAUAUUUGAGUGCCCUAACCAACCACUGACUGUGCUCGAUUGUGAGAUAUCAAACGUUAGCAGACCGGUAAAGCUUAUCUUCAUCUCCCGGUCUGGAGGUCCUGUGAUGCGUGAUCAAAAGAAGUAACACCCGCAUAAGACUCGGGAACAAAUUUUGUAGGAUACCCUCAGAUAGGGUUCAUAUUAGAAAUUGACUGUCACUUCAUCUCCUGAGAUGGAGUCACUGGUCCUUCGCUCGGUUACAGCAGUUGCUGUCCUGCUCAUAGGUACGGCGGCAGCCGCACUGCUGUUACCGGCCUCUGACUCGCAGCAGUCUCUGUUUCUGCGGAGUAUACUGCUCAUCGCUUCCCCAUACGCCAUGGUUACUACAGGCCUGGUACUUUUGGGCUUGGGGUGGUUAGUCCGAUUGGUGCUGGCCCCCGUUGAACUCAUCAGACACCCAGACGACGUGGGUUAUAUACCAAUACCGGGCCGGAGUAGGGCAGACGUAGCUAACGAGGUGAGACGGCGUCGAAAGAAGGGGGACUUGCCUCCGGUGUAUCCGAACGGUUGGUUCCGUGUUUUGGAUUCUCAUCAGGUGCAGAAAGGGGAGGUGAAGAACAUUACCAUCAUGGGAGAGCAGUUAGCAGUUUAUCGUGGUCAGGAUGGGCAGAGCUAUGUCCUGGAUGCUUACUGUCCUCAUCUUGGAGCCAACCUUGCUGUUGGGGGCAGAGUUGUGAAUAACUGCCUCGAGUGCCCAUUCCAUGGAUGGAGAUUCAGAGGAGAAGAUGGAAAAUGUAUAGCUAUUCCUUAUGCUGAAAAAGUUCCAGAGUUUGCCAAGAUCAAGGCUUGGCCAUCUUGUGAGCUGAAUGGUUUGAUAUAUGUUUGGUAUCACUGUGAUGGCAUUGACCCUAUGUGGAAUGUUCCUGAAGUAGAAGAAAUUACAACAAAGAAGUGGGUCUAUCGUGGUCACACUGAACAUUAUGUCAAUGCACAUAUUGAGGAGAUUCCUGAAAAUGCUGCAGACAUUGCACACUUGGGACACCUUCAUUCCCCUGGUAUUAUGAGUGGAACUGAUCUAAGGUACACAUUUAACAAAACGUGGGAUUUUGUUAAGCAUUCCUGGAAGGUUGACUGGAAGCCAGAACCUGAACCCAAUAAACACUGUUCCCAGAUGUUUCUGAAGCAUGCUCUUCUGCUGUUUGGAAAGAAUUGUCCUAUGCUGAACAUGGGUGUCAUUGCUAGACAGGUUGGACCUGGCUUGGUUUACUUGAUCUUUGAUGAAACCUGUUUUGGAAGGGGUGUUAUUCUGCAUUCUGUGACACCAGUGGAGCCACUCUUGCAACACGUCAGUCACUCUAUUUACUACCAAGCAAACAUACCUGCUUUUAUACCAAAGUACAUGUUAAGAGCAGAAUGCAUACAGUUUGAACGAGAUGUAACAGUCUGGAAUAAUAAGAAAUAUGUUUCCAAACCAUUGCUGGUGAAAGAAGAUUCUGCCAUCCAGAGGCAUCGACGCUGGUUUUCUCAGUUUUAUAGUGAAAACAGCCCUAAAAUUGAUACACCUAAAGAAAGUUUGGACUGGUGAAGAAAGCUGUAUUGCAGAGAUGUCAUGUUUUAUAAAAAUGGUCUUUAUAAGGUCUUUCCUAAAGUUUAAGAAUCUUGACCAGAAUGUUAAGUAAAAAGAUGGUUUAAAUGUGGUUUUGGUCCUUUUUCACUUUUCUGGCAGGAAACCCGAUAGCUAACUAAUGUUACAUUAACCUGUCUGACAGUGUAACUGGACCAGAUUAUUCUGUAGAAAUGCAGCGCUUUACUGCAUUUAGACUAGCCAGAUGAAAUGUGACAGCAGUAGGUGUGGUUAGUCUCCGUGCAGUUUUAUUUAAUUUACAAAGACUUCUUGUAUGCAUAUGCUCUGUUUGUGUACACGGCAGAUAAUCAUAUGGUGUUUGCUUGGGACUUGGAGGAUCACAGUGGAAUGGUUUCUGAUGGGCUACAGAAUGCUUAAAAGUAACAAUUGCAACAAGUUUUCUUUCAGGUUGUAAACAUUACUGUCCUUAAACUAAGCAAUACAAAUUGAAAUUUUGUAACCUGGUAAAUGAAGGUGUAUUUAAAUGGUUAUCACUAUUUUUUUGCACCAAGAUGAUGGAUUAGGAUUGCAAAACUGUUGAAAUUCCAGAAACAACUGGCAGUUAUUUCCAAACUAUAGCUUCAGAUGAGGUAAUAGCUGUAGCAGACUCGAAAACAAACCAGUUUUUUGUUUACAUCUUUCAGGUACUGAAAACUGGCUUUAAAGUAACAUUGUCUGUAUGAAACUGGAUUUGUGUUCAUGUUACCUUUUUCUUCAUACCCUAAAUAUUUAUGCCAUGGAGUAGACAUGCCAUGAAAUCCUUGCAUGGAACCACAUUAGCUGUUUUUGUGAUUUAACAUGAAUGAGAACAGACAAAAAGAUAAUGUAUAAAAUUUUAGUGGAUGUAACCUUUAGGGGGUGAUUCAGGGUCAAAUUCCAUAACCACACAAUCUGGAAUUAGAGGUCACGGAAUACUGUAUAGUUGAAGUGGGGAUGAAACAUUGAAGUGACCGUGAUACCAGAGUACCCCAGUUGUCAAUGUUAUAAAUGCUUUGUUCAUUAUAUACAUAAAUAUAAGACUAUAUGGUUCAUUGGCUGAAACUGCAGAUUGACGGUAGCAACCUGUAUCAACCUGAAAUGAAGUAAGAAUGUAUAGCCAUUUAAUGGCAGAAGUAGAAACAGCUGUAUUGUCGUCUUAUGUUUAAGUAAACUGCAUCCUUGUUUAUAAAGCUGCUUUGAUAAGAACUUUAACAGUAUUGUUUCAGUAAUGUUACAUUUCCAAGUAUAGAACUGAAAUAUUUUAAAAAGCCAAGUUUCCUAAAUUCAAGAAAAGUUAGUGCGACCUCAGUAAGUGUUUUAAACUGUGCUAUAGGAUGAAACAGAGAUUAGGUUUAGUACAAGAGAUUUAUAGUAGCGUAAUUCAUAAAAGCUGGCAUACUGCAGUGACUUGCCCUUGUGAAUCAGAUAAUUAAGGAAGGUAGUGAGUAUUAGUGUGACAUUAAACCAAAGUGAACACUUAGUUACUGGGACAGGUUCCUCACUUUGGAAGUUGUCAUGGUGUACAUUGUACAAUAGUCAAUGGCCAAUGUCUACUUAAUUUAAUUAUGAAACAUUGAAACAUUCCUUUAACCAUAUGGAUGUGAUGUAAAACAUUGUACAACCCAGCUCAAAGAAUUUUAGGAUAGUAAGGAAAUAUAAUGUCCUACAAUUAAAUAUGCAGUUAUUCAAUGGAAGACAUCGGCUUAGAGGGUGGGAGACCAAGCUAACCAGGAAGGUACAGUGAAGUCAAUGUUUGCAAAUGUGUAUAAUAAGAUUAUUUUACUGGAUAAGUACCUUAGUUAAAUAAAAAAUAAAUUGAAUAGUUUUAGUUUCAAAAGAAGUGCUAGAAGGGGAAUAUUAACUUGAUUCAGAGUGAAGAAAGUGGCUUUUGCUAUUAGGUUCAGUGGGAAGCAAAUGCAGAUGCUUAUGAAGUGUUGUGGAUUUUUCAGGAUGACAAGGGGCAGUGGUUACUGGAGGCCAACUAUAUAGCCACUAGUUAGGCAUCUUCUGGUUUGCUGGCAUUGGACCUUAAUUUGCAAGUGACAAAUACUGCUUAAGUUAAGGGUUUGAGACAUUAAAUAGUGUGCCCCUUGGACUUGAAAUGGAGAUGAAUUCUGUAAUAAAACUAGAUAGUAAUCUGCAAGACUGAAUGAAUUCCUGAAUGUCAUUUCUGCAUAAUCAAAUUACCUCAACUGGACAGAGACAGACCUCUGGGAUCUGUUAUGUAAGAAGAGCCUUUAAAAAAGCUGACUGCAAUACAGAAAAUAUACUCUUAUCAAUAGUAAAUCUUAACAGGAUUCUUCCCCCGGUCUGCUUUCUGAUAGCAGUUAUUGUCUGGAUUCAGGAUAACCCUUCAGCUAAGCCAGCUAAGCUGUUUUAAUUUCAAAUGGAAAUCAAGCUUUUGUACCUUUAGAUUUUCUGGCAUUUGUAUUCCUGGUGAUGUAAGAUAUAUGGUUAAUUUACUUAUGCUAGGAAGUCAGUAUGGUGUUCCUUGUAGUAUGACUGUUCAAGUGCAUGUUUUUCAUAUUUAAAGAGUUCUCUUAUAAUACAUCUCCAAAGAUAUGUUACAGCUAUAGUUUUGGUAGUGUUUAGACUUAGACUGACAGGAGAAAGGUUUAGAUCUUAAACUGGAAGAAACAGUGUUGCAUCUCCCUGGCCUUGGAUAUGUUGCCUAGUUUCUCCUUAAUUUUUCUACCAUUGUGUUCUGUAUCUGUUGGGUAGAUUACACAUUGCAUUAUUCAUUUUGGCAUGUAUCUGUUUGUAAGCCUUAAUGGUGGGCAAGGUGGGUGCUGCAGCUGUUUCUGAAAAACUGAUGAUUCACAAAGGUUGUAGUGAGGAGCACCAGAAAUAUUUGUACUAUCUUUCUUCCUUCCACACCCAAUGCUUAACUAAACAAGUCAUAUUUGAAGCUCAUAUACUGUUCAGAUGUACAUAAGCAGCGAAAAGGAAAAUGGCUUUUGAGUUACCAAAUGAGAUGAAGGCUUAUCAGGUCCUGUCACUCAUACAUGAAGCAUUUAAACAUUUAAUGAACAGUGUUAUAUAAUCAGUGGUGAAAUUAGAUGUGAAUAAAAGCAUCCUUAGGAAAGGAAUACUUUUAUGGUAAACUUAGUAGCCUGCUCUUUUUUUUUAGUGGAUUGCCUGCUGUAUAACCAGCAUCUUUCUUCUUUUUGAAUCCCAAGCACAUAAAAGCACUUUCAACCACAUGAGCAGUUUCAACAUUCUGUUAAGCAAACUACUUUACUAGUCUUCUUAGGGUUGUCUAGUUCAUUUAGGGUUGCUGUAUUUCCAAACAAGCAAAAUAGUCCUACUUAUAAGGACCACAGGGUGAAGGAUAUAGAAUACAAGUGGAGACAAAAUCAGCAUACAUGUUUUUUUCUGACUAAAUGAAGAAUGCUGUUCUAAUUUUAUGGGCUCAGUGCUAUAGUGACCCUACUUGAGCGAUAAGUAAAUCAGCAGCAGACACAAGCUGUAAUUAGUGUAGGCAAUCCUUCAACUUCUGGCAUUAAUUUUUACAAUUAAAGCAAUGUAGCAAAAAAAUACAGGGUAUAAUGCUUGCAUUGUAGUGGAUGUGUGGCCAUUAAACAUUCCUGGAAGACACAAACAUUAUUUUAGUUUCUUCUGAAUUUUUCUACCAUUGUAUUUCAUUCUUAAUGGGAGGGUUGCAGACUGUAUGUUUGGAUAUGUCAUUCUGUAAAUUGCAAUAGCUAUAUUUCUGUACAUUCUGGAAAAUUUAACAGAGAUUCCCAGCAGUUAGCAACUUAAAAGUAUAGCAAUUUUGCUGUUUAGGAUUUGACCCAAUCCUUAACUUGAUUUGUUUUUAGUUCCUGGAGCACAUUGCUGCUUUUAGUAUUAUUUUCUGAGUUGAGUGUUUUUAAUGAGAGCCCUAAAGGAGUUGAUAACUUUAUUAUUUUGUGUCCUAGCUGGAAAAAAGCAACUUACCUCUUAAAAUGUAAUAGUAAUAUUGGAACAAAGUGUCACAACUGUUGUUUACUUGCAGAUUUAAUGUAUUACAUUCCAAAAAUAGCUAAAUCAAUAUAAGUGAAUGUAGAAUUAGUCUAUAAGAGUUCCAGUUCUUGCACUGUGCACCCUUAUCCCCUCCUAGACUUUGAAUGCUAGUUAGUGUAGACGAUAAAACCUAGAGAUUGCAAGCAGUAAAUAUGCAAAAUUGACUACAUCACCAUGUGUAAUCACUACAUGUGAUUAUAGAAUCUCUGGUCAAGACAUGGUACAUACUAGCUUAACUGUUAAAACUAAGGGUACAUGCUGAGUAUGAAACUGAACAGGUGACCGCACAUGGCCUCAACCAACAUUGUUUUCUUUUACUUUUAAACAUUCAAGGUAGUAAUAAAUAUAUGGUGAUAGUUUCUUAAUUUGAGAGAAUUAAGCAUUUCAGUAAAGUGGAGAGUAUUUUGGAAAUGUAUUCUACUAUUAAAAACUUGUAUGCAUACUUGCUACUGCGUCAUUAGAAUAAUAGAGCUCCACUUCACACACAGCUUUGCAAAACAGUAUGUGCAGCACUUUUUUUUAACUCAAAGGAUUUUACAGUUUUGUUCCUUAAGUAUUUACUGGCCAUGUUGAAGAGCCUUGCAGAAGUGGGGUCUCAUGGCAUUGCUUGUCCAUUUUUAUAACUGAAAUGUACAAUAAUAGGCACUGGUGUACUAGAGGCAGAUGCUUCAUUAGCAUGAAGAUGGGUUUCCAUCAAGUUCACUACAACACUGAUUCUACAACAGAGUGCUGCAAGAUGAGUGCCCCAAGCUCAGACAUGGGCAUUCCGAGAGCUCAAUAACUUUACUGAUACCUGUGAAAUAAGCUCUGCUGGUUUUUUUUACCUUGGAAGUAAACUCUGCUUUAUAUACUUGUAACUGGCAGAGGUGAGUUUAUAAUUAUGAAUGUAUAUGUGUUCUAUGAUUUGAAAAUGAGUUGUAUUAAAAUUUAAUGGAGAAUUACAUGUACUCAUGUAUUCAAGAAAAGACCAGAAUGUCAGCAGGGUUUUGUCAUCUGCAGUUUGUGGUCAAGCAUAACUGCUUCCUUGCAUUUAAUGAACAGGCAAGAGAAUGUACCACAGAUUUCUUAAUGGUUUUAUUUUCUUGAGCACCCUCAUGUGGAUGUUUUUAUAAUAAUGUAAUAUUAAAGCAUAUUUUUGUAAUUGUUUAUAAUAAACUAUUAAAGUAUAGCCUAUAAAUAAAAUUAAUAAUUACACCA